GCCUGGACGUUAUCAGUAUGUUGCAGAGGGUCACAUGACCGCUGACUUUGAUUGCUGCUGCAGCCGCACAAAGAGCGCCGCCUUUAUCAGCAAACCGCACGCUUUUUAAAAAGCACAAAUCCACCUGUCAUCUGAUUGGACCGCAUAAACUCUUUCCACCAAAAACUCUUCCAGUGUCCCUGCCCAAGGGCCCGCAGCCAGGACCAGGACAUGUGAGCGGCGUCCCGUGAAGAGUAGCCAUCACCGACCUUCAGCUGCUGAGGAAAUCAUCUGCUGUCAGGACCGGUCUGGAUCAGGAAGUGAAUCCGAGGACCAGCCAUGCUAUCCACCGCCGUGCAGAUCCUGGCAUUUGCCCUGGCUGUACUGGGCGUGGUGGGUGCCACCGUGGCCACGCUGCUUCCCAACUGGCAGGUGAGCAUCAAGGUGUGGUCCAGCAUGGUGGCCCCCAUGUGGCACACACGGGGGCUGUGGAUGGACUGCGUGUGGUACAGUGCCGGAGUCUUCAGCUGCACCAUGAAGAACUCCCUCCUGUCCCUGCCCCCUUACCUGCAGACCACCAGGGCUGCCAUGGUCCUGUCUUGCAUUGUGGCGGUCUUUGGACUGUGCCUGGCCUCUCUGGGCCUCAAGUGCACUCGCUGGGGGGGAAGCCAUCAGGCCAAGGGGCACACGGCUAUCGCUGCGGGGGCCUGCUUCAUCCUGGCCAGUGCACUCUGCAUAGGCCCCGCCUCCUGGUUCACCUCGGAGGUCGUUGCCGCCUUCCUGAGCACCGACUUGCCCGACGGCAGCAAAUACCAGCCGGGGGGGGCGCUCUGCGUCACCUUCGUCUCUGCCGGCUUCCUUCUGGCUGGGGGGGUUAUCUUCUGCCUGUCCUGUCCGGGGCAAGGAUCGGUCCAGCUGGACUACCCGUCCCCUGUGGACCCAGACAGAUUUAUUCUGACCCGAGAGAAGCGGCGCCGUCCAAAAACAACUGACAUGACAGACAUGACAGCACAGAAGAAGACCUAUGUCUUUCUCUCCAAAGUGUCUCCCAAAGACCUGAAGGACAGUUACACCCUGCAGGAGUACGUCUGACCCACACCAAAGUCCUCCGGGACUUUCAUGUUUUUUAUGACAGAGACAAAAAACUGUGUGAGACGAUUAAAGUUGCCUUCUAUCCAGUCCUGACAUGACAACAAUCCCGAAAGCCAUCCCGAUCCCACAGCCUGCACAUCCACAUCCACAUCCACUCCGUCUUUUCCUGAAGGCCCGGGAGGACACCAGCGAGGCGGCGCAGCGUGGAGGACGCUAAUGAUGCUAUUUGCUUUCCAUUAUCUUCCGACACGCCUCUGUGCACACACACUCACACACACACACACACACACACACACACACACACACACACACACACACACACACACACACACACACGAGCAUCAGUGAAUGUUCCAGAGGA